CUUCCGCCGUGUGGGUCGGAGGCCAUGGAGCGGGCCGCGGUGCUGCGCAUCAAACGGAAGCGCGGCGGGACCGAGCCGGCCGAGGCGCUACUGCUCGCCUGCAAGCGGCUGCGCACCGAGGAGGGCGACGAUGCCCAGCCCGUGGAGAGGAACCUCUUCAAGCUGGUGGCGACCGUCUCCUCAAAGAACGAACCUGUUCAGAAAUACGUGCAAAAAGCGAUCGCUCGAGACAAAGCAGUGCAAAGUCUGCAGCCCUCUUCAGCAAGCACUCAGCAAAUCCUUCAGGAGCUCCGCUCUUCCACGCAACAGAAAAGGAAGGAAAGCCGCUACCGUGUGGUAGCCAGCCAUCGACCCAACUGUGCUGAAACAGCUGCAGCUGUCCCGGUUGGCCAGGCAUCCAGUGGUGGCGACAGAUCAGACUCAGAAGGAAGGGAGGAUGCUUCUCAAAAGGAGAGCGGUACUGCCGAUAAGAGUUCGGACUGCUGUGGGAAAUUCCAGUUGUUUGAUAUUGAGCAAGAAGAGGAAGUGGAGGGAGACUCCAGUGUAGCUGCUGCAAACCCACAGCAGAAGACUGAUCCAGAUGUGAUUCUUUGCAAUGCAGUAGAGAUGAUCCGUGAGCGUUUACAUGUUUCUGAAGACAGGAGAAAAGGAGACCAUGAGAAAGAGGAUGACUACGUUUAUGACAUCUACUAUAUGGAAACAGCAGCCCCUGGCUGGAUCCAAAACAUCCUUUCUGUACAGCCCUAUAGAGAAGAAUAUGAACUGGUACAUGAUGACCAGGUUCCAGGGGAAAUAUAUGAGGAUGAAGAUGAUGAAAAUGAUGAAAACAACUGGCGCAAUGAUUACCCUGAUGAAGAUGAAUUCUUACCCGAGGAAGACUGUGAUGGAGAAAAAGACUCUGAAGAGAGCCUCAGUGAUGAGGACCAGUGUUACAGGAGAAGAACAUGGAACAAAUACCGGCAGGAGGUUCUGCAGGAAUUUGGUUAUGAUGAGAUCCAAGAUUUGGAUUCUGACUAACAGCCUACUUUUGAAGA